GUUAUUGAUCGCAUCAACACACAACUUGCUUUCGUUCCACAACCUGCCUUUUGAGGCUACUGUGAUCCUUUACCGGCGCACCAUUCAAACCAGUCAUUCGGACAAUAUAAACUGAUGGCUGAACCUCCCCAGACUGAUGUCUCUCGUCCCUCAGCAUUGCCUACAGCCAAGUUGCUCCAGCGUCCCACUUUCAAUCAAGCUCUUGUCGAUCAGAACUCGGAUGAAUACCUUGAUACCAUCGAGGAAGAAUGGAACAAGAAACUAGACGCCGAGGUAGAAGUAUUGGUCGAUGGUAUGGUCGAUAUCGUUAGUCUGGCAUCGAUCGGAGACAAGGACAAGUUUCGAAUCGCACAAGAGUCAUUUCAGGCCGAAUCUCGUGCCGAGUCUAUGGUCCGUGCAGCUAAUUCGCUGUUGUCCAUAACACAUUCGUUAAAGUUACUGCUUCUCUUGUCCGACGAGGCUCAAAUUGCCCACCGUCGGGAUGCAGAACUCAAGCACGUACAGCAGGAAAAGAAUGAAGCUCGCCAGAAAGUCGCCGAGCUUCUCGAUAGGUUGAUGAAUCCAAAAGGCGACCCGUCGUAAUGAGACAUCAUUCCCUUAUCGUCGAAUCCACCCCGGCCUUUUUCAGCCAUCCUGAGGGAAAGUUCCGAUAUAAAGCUCACAUCUUGCUCAGUCUUCCCUGUGGAGGGUUAUUUAUACCUUUCCGGCACCUCUGUACUGACACGGGCCCAACUCUUGUCUCCACAUCUUUUAGAAUGCAGAAUGUGUCACUCGCAUACAAUUGUCGUAGUGCAGUCAGCACUUCCCGGCGAUCGAGUUUGGCUGAAAAAAUUAUCCUUCUAGGUAGCCGCAUGAAUAUGGCUAUUACUCGUGUGGAGCAGUUUCUCAGAUCUCCAUCUUGGCACCACAUCACCAUGUAACUUACCCGGACGCAUCCAUGUAGUUACCCCGAUAUGAAUGUCACAUCUUCAUUUCUGCUGCGCUCUACUCAAAUUUCAGUAUCAUAACUUUCAAUCAGUCUUUCACGGUACAACAACUUCCUCUACCUCAUGCAGUGAC